AUGGGUGUAUCCUGUUGCGGACCUAAGUCGGGGAAUGAGAGUGCCAAUUUGGAUGGGCAUGACCAUGCAAGCGAACCCCAUGUUUCUGAACACCACGAUAACCAUGAAAAUAACCACGAGCAUGAGGAUAAAGACAAUCACGAUCAUGAUCAUGGGGGAUGCUGUGACGGUCAUUCCGAUGUCUCUAGCAUCACAUCUCAGGCCUCAACUUGCUGUGGCAGCGAGGAGCACUGCAGUGAAAAAUGUAUCUACGCCAUUGCUGCCCUCCAAUGCGAAAAAGCCUGUAGCGAAGAUCCUGGUCAUCGAGGGUCCCACAACCAACCCAACGAGAACGAAAUUGGCCAUCACGAGGCUGAUGCCGCGUGUGGUACUCAUCUUGCAGCUGCGUUCGACCAGUAUAGUAGCUACCUCGAACAGAUCCGUUGCAUCUGCCGAAGCGCCAUCGAACAAGGAACCAUGUCCAUCGAAACCUGCUGCAUGACCAGCCGAUCGAACACAAAAAAAUCCAAGCAUGGGCACAGAGGCAAACAAGAGAAGAAUGUUCUUCCUGCUAUCCCAACUUUCAAGCCCUCAGGCCCUGCGAAUAAGGAAGUUGAUGUUGAGAAUGGAGCAAACCUUGAGACCAUCGGCUUCUUGGUCAGUGGUAUGGAUUGUACAUCGUGUGCAGAUAAGUUACUGCGAAUCUUUAGGAGCAUGUCUGGCGUUUCUAAUGCCCAAGUCAAUUUUGUCAUGGGCAAAGGAGAAAUUGAUGUUGACUGCUCUUUGACUAAUGGGGAAGAAGUCCUUAGUUUCGUAUCUGGUGCGACUGGAUUUAUGCUUAGCAGAAUCGUAGGUGGGAGCUACUUUGUUGAUGUCUUGGCUACGACAGCACAGAGCAAACAACUAGUUGAUAACCCACCCCGGGGUGUAGUUGAUGUUCAGUGUCUUGACAAGAAGACAGUUCGCCUCUCUUAUGAUCCAACGACGGUUGGCGCUCGUGAUCUGAUGGAACAGCUACACGACAACUGCAAUGGUCUGGCCGAGCCUCGUGGCGACCCUCAACUUGAGAAUAGUCGGCGUCGUCUCUGGGACCAACUUACAAAGACUCUCUUGGCGACUGCUCUCACUAUCCCGGUUGCAGUGGUAUCAUGGAGCGAAGAUCUCGUGGACAGGAAGACUGAGGGCAUCAUUUCGUUGAUCCUUGGUACACUUGUCCAAGUCAUCGCUUUUCCAGAAUUCUAUCGCCCAGCCCUCGCUGCCUUGUGGUACAGUCGAACAGUCGAAAUGGAUAUGCUCGUUGUCAUCAGCAUAACUGCUGCUUAUGUCUACUCAGUCGUUGCGUUCAGUUUCGAGAUGGCAGGUAGCCCCCUCGAUGAAGGCCAGUUCUUCGAGACCAGCACUAUGCUUAUCACCUUGAUCCUUGUUGGCCGGCUUAUAGCUGCUUUUGCACGAGUCCAAGCUGUUUCUGCUGUAUCGCUUCGAUCAAAACAGAACAACAUAGCUGUUCUCGUUUUGAGGGAAAGCAACCACGAGAUCGACGCUCGACUUCUUCAGUACGGAGAUGUUUUCAAGGUCUUACCACAUUCUCGAGUGCCUACUGAUGGUAUCGUCAUAUCUGGCAAAACCGAAGUGGAUGAGUCUAUGCUGACUGGAGAAACACUACCGAUUGUGAAGCAAAAGGGUAGUAACCUUAUCGCUGGCACUGUCAAUGGUGAUGGCACUGUCACAGUUCAGCUGACACGCCUUCCUGGAAAGAACACAGUCACCGACAUUGCACAGCUCGUGGAAGAGGCCGCGAACUCGAGACCUGAGAUUCAGGAUCUGGCCAACAAGGUUGCCGCCUGGUUUGUCCCUGCCAUGUGUACCGUGGCUAUCCUUGUCUUUGUGAUCUGGGUCGUAUGCGGAAUGGAGGUUCUCAAGAACAGCGCUGGUACGAGUGUUGGCAAUGCCAUCACAUAUACUGUGGCCACACUCGCAGUCGCGUGUCCUUGCGCUCUUGGUCUUGCUGUGCCAAUGGUUCUUGUUGUCGCUGGUGGCAUAGCCGCUCGAGGUGGCGUUAUCAUCAAAUCUGCCGAUAUCACUGAGGGAGCUCGCAAGACCACUGAUGUUGUCUUUGAUAAGACUGGUACAAUCACAGAGGCUGAGCUUGUAGUGAAUGAGAGGGUCAAUUUGAGUGGGAACUUGUCAGAUAACCUUGCUUUAGCAAAAGCACUGGUUUCUGGAGGCAAACAUCCUGUCUCCGCCGCCAUCGACAGUUAUCUCGAACUGCACACUGUCAAGAGUAUGCCCGAGGUGCUUAAUGUCCACGUUGUUCCUGGCGCUGGAGUUGAGGCUGACUUCCUGGAUUCGACCGUCAGAGCUGGCAAUGCUCGCUGGACUCAGGCUGACCAACUGAAUGAUGUAACACGGCUCCAACACAGUGGCCUCACUACACUCGUCAUUACACGCGAUCGUGUACCUCUUAUUGUAUUUGGGCUUUCGGCUCAGAUCCGCCCAGAAGCAGUACGAGUCAUCUCUGAACUCAAGUCUCGCAAUAUCAAUGUUCAUCUUGUUUCAGGUGACCAGAUCAAGGCUGUUCAGACUGUCGCAGCUUCUGUUGGAAUUCCAGCGGACAAUGUCGUUGGCGAGCGUACUCCACCUGAAAAGAGAGACUAUGUCGCUGCUCUAAUGGAUCAGGAGAAGCGUGUUCUCUUCUGUGGCGAUGGGACCAAUGAUGCCAUCGCCGUUGCCCAAUCUGACUUCGGUGCUCAAAUGGGUGGGGGUUUGACCAGUAGCGACGUUACUCAAAACGCCGCAGGGGUAGUUCUUUUGAACGGCUUGGAAGGUAUCCCAUUUCUCCUUGACAUCAGUAAAGUCUCGUUCCAACGCAUGUACUUCAACUUCGUUUGGUCUGGUAUCUACAACGUUCUGGCAAUAACAAUGGCAAGUGGUGCUUGGGUUGAGUUUCGGAUUCCUCCCCGAUAUGCUGGGUUGGGAGAGAUGGUUAGUGUUGUUCCUGUAAUUCUUGCUGCAAACACUAUGUUCUUUGCCAAAUACUUCAAGUUGAGGGAUUAG